AUGGCGGCUCUAGCCAAGGCCACCGGCGAUUGGAAAUACGACACAAGGACUGGCAUUCCAGCGAGAAAAAUCAACAAUAGCUUAGCAGAGGAGGUAUUUUGUUAUAUCAGAAGUGUAUAUUAUGCUCUGUUUGAGGCGAAGGUACACAUGUGUAUUCCGAUUAGUGGUACUGUUUUUUGGGGAAAAUGUGAUGAAGAUUAUGACAGAGAGAAGAUCAAUGUGGACCUGAAAUUUGCAUUGCCUGGUAAGGAAAGACAAGAUUUUGCAUACAGUGGACUUCAGACAAUUGAUCUGACCUCUGAACUUGUAUGCAUCCACGAUUCUACAAGACCUUUGGUGACAUCCAGUGAUGUAGAAAAGACUUUGGCCCGAUUUCAAGAAGUGACUAACAGAUACACCCAGGAAAAACAGAAUGUGGACGAGCUUCUAAAACAAUGA